GCUUUUUCGUUAUUCAUUUAAAUUUUUUAAAUUUUAAGUGUUCGUCCGUUCCACUUCCACAACUCACUAUAAAAAAAUCGUUACUCGUUACUCGCUAAUAUAUUCUUUGCUCUAUGCGCAACUUCGGAGUUCGUCAGUCCGGACUUCCACUAGGACAAGACGUGACUGUCCGACUGAUUGAGCAGUCACUAAUUUGUAAACACAGACAUAUUCUUGUCUAUGGUUCAACUUAAACGUCCGAAACUUCAGAGGCCGAGUGGGAAAGAAACACGGAGUAUUACACAAUUUGGUUCAGUUUGUAUUUUUGUUACUCUUCAAUUAUAUUUGUAUAAUGGCUGUGGUUGAAGAAAAACAUAAAACUGAAUCUCAAAAUGAAGUCGUUCAACACAUAGAAAAAAAAAUGAAGGAAAUUUAUUCUAAACGACCUUCAAAUCAUCAGUGGAAAUUAAGUGAUUUUGAAAUUGGAACACCACUUGGUCGUGGAAAAUUUGGUCGUGUAUAUCUUGCUCGGGAAAAAAAUACGGAAUAUAUGGUUGCCUUAAAAAUGAUGUUUAAAUCAGAAUUGGUAAAAGAUCAUAUGGAACAUCAAGUACGACGAGAAAUAGAAAUUCAAACGCAUCUUACCCACCCCAACAUUCUAAAAAUGCUGACUUAUUUUUGGGACGAAAAAAAAAUAUAUUUAAUUUUAGAAUUUGCCCAAGAAGGUGAAUUAUUUAAAGUAUUGAAUUCGCAGCCGCAUAAACGUUUUGAUGAACCAACAGCUGCAUAUUAUUUACGACAAGUAGCUGAUGCUUUAAGAUAUUGUCAUUCACAAAGUGUUAUUCACAGAGAUAUAAAACCAGAAAAUCUCCUAUUGUUUAGUCAUCAUGUUAUAAAGUUAGCAGAUUUUGGAUGGUCUGUCCAUGCACCAUCCAAAUGUAGAAACACCAUGUGUGGCACUAUUGACUAUUUACCACCAGAGAUGGUUGACUCUCAAACAUAUAACGAAUAUGUUGAUAAUUGGUGUUUAGGAGUGCUGUGUUAUGAAUUCUUAUGUGGAUCACCACCUUUUGAGAGCUCAGAACAGGCAGAGACUUUUAGAAAAAUUCGUGCUGUAAUGUAUGGUUUCAAACCUUAUAUGAGUGAGAGCUCUAGACAUUUGAUUUCAAAGCUUUUGGUUAAAGUUCCAAAAUCUAGAUUACCACUAACUGAUGUCAUUGAACAUCCUUGGAUUAAAAAAAAUAGUGAAAUAUUUACUAAAACUAAGCUAAAAUUAAAAUAAUUUUAUUUAUUAUCUACUACUGAAGAACACAAUAUUUGAAUACUAUACUCCUACUCAAAAGAGAACAUACCGCUUUCGCGCAUGUCAAAUGAUUCGAUUGGUGCGUCGAUAACCACAUGAUCACGCUAACAAUGGGAAAUUAGUGGGGGAUGCGCACUGGCGAACAUAAAUUGGUCGCCGGUAUGUUCUGUUUUGAAAUGUAGUAUAUUAUAUUAUUACAUAAUAUUAUAGUUGUACUUUUUUCUGCAAGUAUGUCAUUCUUACAACUAUUUUUAAACGUGAUAUUGUUUUCUAACUUAUUAAUAUUUGUACAUAAAAUACUAAUGUAUAAAUAACUAUAAUGUAAAUGUUAACAUCUAUUUCUAUUGUAAAAAUUUGACAUGCGUGUUAAUUAAUUUCUACAAUUUUUUAUAUGACUUGUGCUGUUUUGAAAGCUUAAUAUAUUGUAUUGUAGUUUAGGUUGAUGUAACAUUUAUAAUAAAUAAGUAUAAUAUGUAUUUACAAAAAUAGUUUAAUACAUAGAUAUUCUGUAAAUUAUAUUAAUUACAACGAUAUAAUUUUGAUUUUGAAAAAUUUUGUUUUAAAAAUGUAUGCAAUUUGUACUUUAUUUUAUAAUAUUAUAUUGAUAACCCUGAAAAAUGUCAGUGCAUUAAAAUGAUUAAAACAAAAUGAAUAGUUAUUUAUGUGUCUAAAGUCACUUUUUGGAGUAGUAAAUGAAUCUAGUUUGUAUUUUAAUGGGAUCAAAAGUAAAAAAAAAUGUCUUUCUUUAUAAAAACUUAAUCUUACAUGUUAAUACUAUCUUCAAUCAGAAUUGUCUUUUGUCAGCAAUUAUUUAUCAUUGAAUUCAAAUUCAUAGGCGUGCUUACGAGGGGGAGGCUGGUUCGGCACUAGCCCUCCCAGCCAACUGUUCAACAAAAUGCCUGUACAAAAAAAAGUUGAGCAGUCUGUACUCACAUUUUGAUAUUUGUUUUAUAUUUUGUAAUUUUAUAAUCUUGUUUUAUUGCUGUACACAAAUAAUAGAACAUUUUAUUUUUA